CGGGAGGGGGAGGGAGAGAUCUGUUUGCCUACAGUGUGUGUUUCCGGUAGGAGGGAAGAGUCGCCCCUGCAAGGUGCACGCACGUCCUACAGCUACCACGACCCCUGAUCGCGUCUCAGGUGACGUGUGGGGGCGAGGACGUGGGGGGUCGUCGUGCAGGUUGACUCAGACCUGAAGUGCCUUGAGGAUAGUGUGUACUUGCGUGACCGUUCACUGCGGCGUGUGAUCAGGAAGGCACGGGCUUCGAUGAAGUUCCUUUCAUCAUCGUGGACCUUUCCUUGCACAUAGGCGUUGCUGCUUGUCAGGACACUACUCGAUCUCAUCCCAUGUCCACUGAUCAACAAAGUCCGACAGCAAUAGGUUCAACUGUCCAAAUGAGCCAAAGAUCGUCAGCCAUUGCCAACUCCGACGCUGACGAAAAUUGUGUCCAGUGUAAGCCACACUACACCCAAUCAUCAGAGUUAGGCAAACUCCGUUUUUAAGGGAACAGGACCAAAACGCAUUAAACUAAAAAAGCCCGAGGCCUAGUUAAUGACCCCAGCUAACGAAAAUCCAAAAUGGCUUCCAACGCCAGCAACGAAACGCUGCCCGUGACCUAUAACCCCUACGACUACCCCUGCAACGAUGGCCUGCUGCUGCCCAUCACCAGCGAGUUCACAUGGCCUACCUGGGUGCGCGCCGCACUGUACCUGACAGCCCUCCUCUGGAGCUUCCUUGCCGUCGCCAUCGUCGCCGACAUCUUCAUGUGCGCCAUCGAGCGCAUCACCAGUAAGACCCGCAUUGUCCGCAUACCGGACUCGGAGGCGCCCGAGGGAUUCCGAGAGCUCAAGCUCAAGGUGUGGAACGACACCGUUGCCAACCUGUCUCUGAUGGCACUGGGCACGUCCGCUCCGGAGAUCCUGCUGUCGGUAAUCGAGAUCGUGGGCAACAAGUUCGUGGCCGGGGACCUCGGGCCUGGCACCAUCGUGGGCUCGGCUUCCUACAACCUGCUCUUCAUCACCGCCAUCUGCAUCAUGUGCAUACCCGGCAGUGCCACGCGGCGGGUGGCCAACAUGCGGGUGUAUGCUGUCACGGCCUUCACCUCUGUCUUUGCUUACGUCUGGCUCGUCAUCGUGCUGCUGGUCAUCAGUCCUAACAAGAUCGAGCUGUGGGAGGCCAUCGUCACCUUCAUCUUCUUCCCUGUUCUCGUCAUCCUUGCCUACGCCGCAGAAAAGAACUUCUUCCUUGCCCGCAAGGCAACUGAGAUGGAGCCCACUUUUGGAGGCAUUGCCAUGGAUGGUAAGGUGACAGAGGAGACGCGACCUUUAAAGCCCAAGCUAGAUGAGGAGGACGAAAUUUUUGUGAUGGCUAAGGAACUUGGGCGCGAGGAGGACAUGACGGAACAGGAAGCUGCCAGAAUCGUUGCCAACAAGAUUCUUGUGGAGCGACCACACGACAGGGCCUGGCAUCGGAUCAACGCCACCAGAGGCCUGACCGGCGGACGCAAACUCGUCCCUAAGGUCCUAAAGACAUUUGAGGAUCUGUACGACAAGGUUCAGGGUCCUGGAGACGAACUAGAAGAACGAGCUUCAGCCAUCGUGCCAGUGGACCACUCGGAAGGAGGGAGGCACCCGGUUGUGGAGUUCACGGCAUCGGCUCUCGCCGUCAUGGAGAAUGAGGGCAAAGUUCGUGUGGGUCUCAGACGGCACGGCAAACUCAACUGUCCCGCCAAAGUCCGGGUAGAGACAAUCAACGGUACAGCCGUAGCUGGCGAGGAUUACAAGCCCAUAAACGAGGUGGUGACCUUCGCCCCCAACGAGACGCUACGGCAGGUUUACAUCGACAUCGUCGACGAUUUUGAGUGGGAACCGGACGAGGUCUUCUUUGUCAGACUGCAGACCGAAUCCGAUGAUGAAGUGCGACUGGGAAACACUAGCAUCUGUCAGAUCACCAUCAUUAACGACGAUGAGCCCGGAGUGUUGGCCUUCCCCAAGCCCGGCUUCAUCAUGAAGGAGAGCGGCUUGGCGGCCCUCGUCCCCGUCGUGCGCACGGGCGGGGCUGACGGUCACGUGAGCGUCAGAUGGCGCACGGGCGACAUCACUGCCGUCAGUGGCAAGGACUACUCUGGCGGCGAGGGCGAGCUCUUCUUUGACAACCAGGAGACCACCAAGGUCAUCGAGAUCCCGCUGUUUGAGACCAACAAAAAAGAGAGGGACGACAGUUUCCAGAUAGAGCUGAUGGAUGCAGGAGGGGGCGCCACCAUAGGAAAACUCAAUAAAUGCAUUGUCACCAUCGUCAGCGAUGCAGAAUACACCGGCCUGGUGAGUCGCAUUGUGAACCAAGCCAAAGCCAACCUGGACCCCCUGCAGCUUGAGAACUCCACGUACGCGCAGCAGUUCUAUGAGGCGAUGAACGUCAACGGCGGGGACGUGGAGACGGCCUCACUCUUUGACUACGUCAUGCACUUCCUCACUUUCUACUGGAAGAUUAUGUUCGCUUUCAUUCCCCCCACCCAGUAUUUCGGGGGGUGGCCUACUUUCGUCGUCUCGUUGGCCAUCAUCGGUUUUCUGACGGCGAUCAUCGGCGACCUGGCGUCCAUCUUCGGCUGUGUCAUCGGCCUGCCAGACGCCAUCACCGCCAUCACGUUCGUGGCGCUGGGCACCUCCAUGCCCGACACCUUCGCCUCCAAGUCGGCGGCCAUGCUGGAAAAGACAGCAGACAACUCCGUCGGCAACGUGAACGGUUCCAACUCUGUGAACGUCUUCUUGGGACUAGGGCUGCCCUGGCUCAUUGCGGCCAUCUACUGGAAAGUCCAAAACGGCUCGGACUUCGACGUGCCGGCGGGUUCGCUCGGCUUCAGCGUCAUCCUCUACACCAUCACCGCCGUCAUCGCUAUCGCCAUCUUGAUGCUGCGCCGCUUCUUCGUGGGCGCGGAGCUCGGCGGUCCUUCCAUCCCCAAGUACGUCAGCGGCGCCGUUCUCAUCGUCCUCUGGUUCCUCUACGUCCUCUUCUCUUCUCUGCAAACGACAGGAGUAAUCGACGUCACUAUUUGAUGAUCUGACCUUUCCUCAGCCUUCUUUUCCAUGCAUCGCCUCACCAUCUGGUUCUAACACCAUCAUCAAAACAGAAGCUACCUACUUUGCCUUCCUCAUCACUGCCUUAUUUUGCCUACCCAGAGGACCAGCAAUGGUUGAGUGCACCGUUUGAUUUAAUUCCGUAAAGUUUUGGUCGGUUUAUAUUAUAAUAUUGAUGAAUAUUGCUGUUUCAGAUACUGUUUCGGGUCCGUUACUCUCAAACGGAUGUUAUAUCGUGUUUUGGACCGCCACACUUUUCAUAUUUCAUCAAAAAUUCAGACAAGACUGGUCUAACACGAGAAUGUAUCUCUUAACUGUUUGGUAGGAAUUGUGUAUGGUAACUUUAUAGUAACCCCUGUCAUGUAUCCUUGAAGCAAACCUCAAACACUGACAGCUGAGAACAGCAAACCACUACAAACCAUAUCUUGUCGUGUUACAAGGCUAGAGGGGAUGGGGAGGGAUGCAAGAAAGCUGAGUAGUAUCUAUGAACACCUGUAAAGAAAAAUGAGCAGGAUGGCCUCUAUUAAUUUAUAAAAAUACCAGCAGGUUCUUGCAGUUUGAUGUUUUGUCUGAAAAAGCGGUGUGUAGUUCUCAGUGAGAAUUCAAUAAGCUCUUGGGUCGGCAACAAACGAAAGGACUGUGCAAGAAUGAAAGCACAAAGUUUUGAGCUUUCUUGAUUUAUUACUUUGAAUAUUUUAUUUUCUCUUUUUAACUUCCGCAAUGUUACUUUUGCAAGUAUUUCGUUUUAAAAAUGUGCUGGGUGCAUCAUUUUAUGAAGGUAGAUGUCUUGGUACUGGUAAAUAUCCUUUAUUAAAAGAAGAAUCAUUUCCUUUCCUAUCUUUAAAGAUUUAUGAUUAAAGAUUUUUUUAAGCUAUCGUAAUGGAAGAAGUUUUAUAUCUUGUACAUCAUGUCUCAGAUUUCACGUUCUUACCCUGAUAUUUUAUUUGCCGAAAGCUGCAGAAAAAUACCAUUUCUGGAGUUCACAAGAACAGGAGGACUGCUGAACAAAGUUACAUUUCUAACACUGCUGAUUGUAUAUCUGAAAGUUUGUAUUGCCAAGUUGACUGUGUAACAAUGUGGCUCGUUGUGCGAUGGUUUAUGUGUAUAUAAUUUAGACUGAAAUGUUUCUGAAUUUUGUCAUAAACCUGUGUCCCUCUC